AUGGCUACUGGAGAAAGGGGAAGCAUUGCCAUUGCUCGAAUAUGCAUGGAAAAACGGGAUCAAUACUUGGGACACAAUGUGUAUUCCAAUGGACGUAGUGAAGAGAUAAUCGGAGAAGCUAUCAAGCAUUACAACAUACCCCGAGAGGACUUGGUUAUUAUGACUAAAAUCUUCUAUGCGUUAGAUCCUAUCAAACAACCACCGAUCAGUGCUCUUAUGGACAAAACUACUGCGGCACUCGUGAACCGAGUAGGGCUGUCUCGAAAGCAUAUACUUGACGCUGUAGACGCCUCAAUUGCCAGACUCGGGACAUAUAUUGACGUCCUACAAAUUCAUCGUCUAGAUCGAGACUGCUCGCAGGUCGAAAUCAUGCACGCAUUGAACGAUGUGGUGGCUUCCGGGAAAGUUCGGUAUCUGGGUGCAAGUAGUAUGCAGGCGUGGGAGUUUCAAAAGCUGCAGAACAUCGCAGACAAGCACAACUGGCAUAAAUUUAUCAGCAUGCAGAACUACUGGAAUUUGUUGCAUCGAGAAGAAGAGCGUGAAAUGGUUCCGUAUUGCCGGGAUGCAAAUAUUGGAAUCAUCCCUUGGAGUCCUUUGGCGAGAGGUGCGCUUGCAAGACCAUUUGAUGUGCGUGAAGGACUGCGUAACCAGAAUGACAAGGUUUUGUCAGAUUUAGUUCGAGGUCAAGGGUCGGAAGCAGUGGAUGAGAUGAUUAUUAGGAGGUUGGAAGAAGUUGCGAAGAAGUGUGGUGUGAGCAUGGCUGUCGUUGCGUUGGCAUGGAGUUUAAGUAAGCAGGCGUGGCCUGUUACCGGUUUAAACAGCAUUGAGAGAAUUAAUGAGGCCAUAUCAUCAGUCACUUUUGUACUUAGCUCAGAAGAUGUGGCGUAUCUUGAGGAGCCAUAUAGGCCGAAAGAUGUGAGCUACUAA